AUGAUUGACAUGCAGAAAGAUUGUAAGGAAUCAUCACUUCACCCCAGGUUUUCACCAGCUAUCAAGUCUCAACCAUUAUUGUCUUACGAGCUACUUUCUUUUUGA